AUGUCUAUUAAAUUAAAUUUCACGGGUAAAGUAGUGUUGAUAACGGGCUCGAGUUCGGGCAUCGGUGCGGCCACUGCUGUGCAGUUCGCCCAAUCGGGUGCCAGUGUUGUGGUCACCGCUCGCAGAGCCGACAAACUCGCAGAAGUGGGCGAACAGUGUCUGAUAGUAUUGCCGAAAGCGAGUAAAGCACUGGAAAUGACGGCAGAUGUGACCAAACCGGAAGACAUGCGACGACUAUUAUUAUUUAACAUUGCUAUGGAUUUGACCUACAUAUUAAUCAUAUUAAUACAUUAUUAA